AUGGUUCAUAACGACUCAGAAGAAGAUGCAACAGUAUCCUGGCAUCCUGCCCUACGACCCAACGAUGACCAGCACCAAGGGCCAAGCUCAAACCCAUUUUCAUCAUCAGCCAUACAUAGCCCUGCUUCCACUUCUAUCAGCCCUGAAAUCGAUGCAGGUCCAGCUACAACUCCAGAUCAGCAGUCUCGGAGCAUCUACGAUACCAUAGAAGAAAGUCCUCCAGACGUACAUUCCAGCCUUGACAAUGACCCCGACGAUUCCAGUUUUGUCGGUCCACAAACAGCGGUACUGGAAUCUCGGCCAGAAGCCGACCCUAACAUUCUCCAGCAGCCAGAUCAUGCUGAGGGAUCCAUACAAAAUGAGCCACGUGCCGGUCAAGCCUCGGCUGUGGAGUCCUCCAACAGAGCCAUAGCUGAAUCUCUAGAUCGUGAGGACGGCCGCAUAAGUGGACUUAGGUUGUCGGUAGGAGAAGAAAAAUAUCAGGGUGUGACACAAGAGGAAAGGUCGGAGCUGUCUUCUGAUGACGACGAUGAAAGACUUGAUUCUAUGGGUCUCAUCAGCCGGAGUGAAACCCAGCAGAUCCUUAGUCAAAUGGAAAGAUCAAGCUCAUUCCCAGCUUUGCAGACAGACUCAGCACCCAACAAUGUACAUGAUGGUGGUCACCUACCAAAAAUGAAGGCUGAGGUUACGAUGGCAGAUUCACAAGCGGACCUCGAUACUAAUAAUGGCAUUCAGAAGGCUACUCAGCGGGCUAUCCAGAACUCUAAUCAGACAGCGUCUCCGGAAGGUAAAUUGAACGGAGCUACAUUUGAAGGGGAGGAAGAUCUAUUUUUUGCACCGCUAGCCUCAACAAAUCAGACUUUAGCAGAGCCUUCGAAUGCGGAGGCCCGUUUUGAGGAGGGACUACCACUUAUUGACUCUGAAUCCAAACCCAGCGACGAAUUACACCAAGAGUUGAGACCCUCGCAGCCUUUUGAAGACCAGAUACGGAAUUUUUCUCUUGAUCAGAGCGAAGCGAGCUUUUUCGACCAUUCUACAACGUCAGCUGUUGAGAACCCACCUGCAGCUCAUUUGGACAGGAAAGCCACUUCGGAUGUGUUAAAGUCGCUUAAUUUCGUCUCUGAUCAGGGUCCAGGUGCUCCGGUCCAGUCUCCUGACCAGGCCAGCAGCCUUACCUCUGGGCAACAGCAUGAAGAUAACCAGGGUCAAGGGAAGCUUCUGAAUGGCAAUGGUGACGUGGGUGCCUCUGCGCUAUGGGAUGCUAUGCUGGACGAUGAUGAUUUUCUUGCAGGCGAUGAUGAUGAGCUCCUCCCCGAUUCUACUCCUCAGUCAAGUGCUGGCUCUCCAUCAUCCUUUCUGGGUUCACUGAAUGAUAGGACCAGCUUCCAGGAGCCUGACGAAGUCUUGUCGAGAUAUGAUUCUCCUUCUCACAGCGGCUCUGGUGCCACAAGCAAUAGUCAAGCACGCCAGACUCCCAGCGGGCAGACCUCAAACCCUGAUGCUCGGUAUCAACCAUCCUCCACAGACAUUGCACAUAUGUCACCUACCACAUAUGGUAAUGUCGGGUUCUCGCAACCAAACCUGGCCCCGAUGACUUUUGGACAGACUUCCUUUCAGGGACAGUUUCAGAGACCAGCUGCUCCACCAAAAGCAGAAAGCUUUGUAGAUCAGUCCAAAGGUGGAUACAAAUCACCUUAUGAUCUACCCAUGGAUCUUUCGCAGCCUCGCAAACGCAUUCAGAUGCAUCAACCACCGCCUGCUUCAAGAGCUCCAGCACCACCUCCCCGCAGCAGCAGCAGCAUGACAUCAGAUACGGCCCCUACUUCGUCUAAUGGUCCACUUCUGUCUCCGCUUUCUCCACAAAAUGGCACUUUCGAAAGACAAGCUCGAUCGCCGUCUACUCAACAUACCGCAGCACCAUCAUCGAACAACAGAAGAAUUUCCAAUGAACAACCAACGUCCCUGAAAACGAAAGCGAGCAGUUCGAGUUUCUUUGAAGAAUUACCAAUUACCGCCAAACCUCGACCACCUACUGCGCAAGGACGCUACACUCCUCUUCACAGCGGACCACUGCCAUCUCAAACCUUCCCAGCCAGCUCAUCUCCUCCUCAGGGCCAACCUCCUACCCAAAUGCCCCCACCUCCCGUCCCUACUAAGCAAUCGACAACUGAUUCUUAUUCUCAAUAUCAGCUACAGCGCCCAGAGCGGCUUGAUCCGUACGCCAACGUACCUCUCCAGUCAAGUACAGCACCAGGCGUUUCAAGCACACGUUACUCGCCAGCUCCUACAUCUCAGACAGCACCGCCACCUACAAGAUAUUCUCCUGCUCCUCUCGGCUCGCAAAUAGCAGCUCCACCAUCAGCCCCAUCCAGAUACUCUCCCGCCCCACCAUCAUCUAAUAAUGUCAUGCAAUCACAAAAUCGCUAUGCGUCGCAACCACAGCAGUCUCCUCAACUUCCACCUCACAGCGCGACAGUUCAGAAUCGGCGUCCAUCCCAACCAAUACCUUCAGUUGCCAAUGCAUUUCCUUUCCAACCUCGUACAUCUAGUCCUUUGGCCUACCAUAAUAAGAAAUCAAAUCCACAGGUGGAUGUCUCGUAUAAUAUCAGCGAUAGCAUACCAACCUCACCACCGAGGCGCAUACCUCCUCCUCAGCAUCUUUCUCCUCAAAGAGAAUCUCCACCAUCUUCAGCAGUCCCUGGCCCAGCUCAAGGUUUUGCUCCUCCACGACGAUCACAGACGCAGUCCCCGGGAAGAAGAGGGCCUGUGUCAUCCUUAAUAGCGACAUCGACUGAUGCUAUGCAGAGGCCCGCUUCUGUGCAUGGUCCAUCCUCGCCUGACGCAUCAGCCAAUGCUUAUCAGUCCUUCCCCCCUGUGCGCUCAUCAAUUAGACAACGAGGUCUCUCCCAACAUCUUAACUUUAUCUCACCAACAGACGGAAGUCAGCAUGAUGAGCUUCAAAGAUGGCGCGGAAGUCCAAUUUUCCGAUUCGGUCUUGGUGGCUCUGUUCUCAGUAGCUUUCCAAAACACAUUCCUCGAUAUACUGCCGGCUCAGCUACGCCCAUGAUUAAACCCAUGGCUGGUGAGGUGAAAACUCGCAGUGCCACAGGAGUCCUUCAAAUUCCAGAGCAUAUUGCCAAGUUUCCCGGACCAUUACGGUCAAAGUCGAAGAAGAAAGAAGUUCUGGCUUGGCUUUCGGAUCGCAUUGUGGCGUUUGAAAGUAUGUCAGUACCAUCGUUCUCGCCACAGCUCCCAGAUCCUGUCAAGAGGCAUGACGAGAAGAUCCUGUUGUGGAAGAUAGUCCGUGUGAUUGUUGAGCAUGAUGGUAUAGUUGACGGGAGUGUUGAGGUUCAGAAGGCAAUGAACCUGGUCCUUGCGCCAGAGGCAGCAACUCCCGAGGACCUUCACUCAACAAAUACUACAACAGCCGCCGACGUCGCUACAAUUUAUAAACCAGCAGGAGCAGUCACCCACACAGAGGAAGUUGAUCCUGUAGCCGUUGAUAUGGUCCGUAAAAUCUUAUUGCGUGGAGAUCGAGAAAAGGCUGUCUGGACUGCCGUUGACAAUCGGCUCUGGGCUCAUGCCAUGUUGCUAUCAUAUACACAAGACAAAUCGGUCUGGAAGCAGGUUGCUCACGAAUUUGUUAGACAGGAGGUCAAACUGAUUGGUGUCAAUACUGAGCCGCUUGCGGCUCUGUAUGAAAUCUUCGCCGGCAACGUUGAAGAAAGCAUCGACGAGCUUGUGCCUCCCUCGGCAAGAGCAGGUCUCCAAAUGGUUAGCAAGGUUGGCGGUGCUGGACCUACCAAAAGCGCAUUAGAUGGCCUGGACAAGUGGAGAGAAACACUUAGCCUCGUGCUGAACAAUCGCAGCCCUGAAGAUCAGAAGGCUCUGGCAGCACUCGGCCAGAUGCUGGCAAGCUAUGGGAGGAUCGAAGCAUCACAUAUCUGCCACUUAUUCGCUAGUUCACCAAUGCUACCUAGCGUUUUUGGAGGCGCAGAUGAUGGUCAAGCAAGCAUUGUACUGCUGGGCGCAGAUCAUCGGAAUCAUCCUGGCGAGUUUUUCCGUGACGAAGACACCGUGUUGCUGACCGAGGUCUAUGAGUUUGCAUCUUCUGUUUUGGCAAGCAACUCAAGAUCAGCUCUGAUGCCACAUCUUCAGGCCUACAAGCUUCAACACGUCAAAUCACUUGCAGAGGCUGGAUUCAAGACAGAAGCGCAGGCUUAUUGUGACGCAAUAGGCGCUUCGCUCAGAUCGACGACAAAGUUGUCGCCAUACUAUCAUCCACAGUUUCUGGCUGAGCUAGACGAAGUAACACGAUGCCUUUCACAAGCUCCAACAGAGCCUUCAUCCUGGAUUUCGAAACCUAACAUGGGCAAGGUGUCAGAUUCAAUGUGGAACAAGUUCACGACCUUUGUGGCUGGCGAAGAAAGUGAUGCAGCUUCGACUGGGUCCGGCAGAGAUGCUGGUCAUGAGUUUGGUCCAUUUGCCAAGGUCUCAGGGACUCCUACUGUGAGUCGAUCCGGAUCAAUCUCAGACCUUCAGGGCAAUUACGCCACGGCUGCGCCUCCGCCUAUACCAAAUACCAUUGCUGGCUCAAGGUAUGCACCAAAUGGACAACACAGCGCUCGAUCAUCUUCAGAGUUGACCAGAGGGAGGCCCUCUCUGGACUCCCAGCGAUCACCGUAUCUGCCGCAAGGCACAGUUCAGAAAUCACCAUAUGAUCCGAAUGCGUAUCUCAAUCAGCAAAGCUAUAUGUCCUCGCCUAUACCACCACAAUCUGCGAGCCCUUAUGGCCCUCUGGGCGCGUCGCCUUCCGUCCAACCAUCUCGAGAUAUUCCGCCUCAGACUCCGUACAUGCCAACCGAGCAGCCAGCAGAGCAAUCUUCCCUAUAUCCACCACAUGUAUCAGAGCCAUACGUACCUACAGCUCCACUCAAGCAACCUGAGCCUCACAUCCAGGCAGUGUCUUCUACUGCAUCUGCAUCUGCACCAUCUCUUGGCAUGGAACCAGCACAGACUUCUGCCUUCAACAACUACGCGCUGGCGGAAGCUGUGUUACCAGCCGCCCCCCCUCAACCGUCUUCCAACUACGCCCCUCCUCUUCAAUCCUAUAGCAGCUACGAACCUCCAUCCACAGAAUACGUCCCUUACCAACCUGACCCGUCUUCAGACUCCGAACCCGAAAAUCGUAAAUCCAAGAAGCAAUCCUUGAUUGACGACACCGAUGACUUCCCAUCAACCAACUCUCGUGCUGCAAACACCGAUUCCAUGGGUCCAGAUGACGACGCCACCGCUCGAAGGAAGGCCAACGACAAAGCCGCCGAAGCAGCCUUCCGCGCCGCCGCAGAAGCCGAUGCCGCCAAGGACAAAAACCCCGCCACCGGCACCACCAACAACGCCGACAAAUCCCUAAAAGCCAAAUCCUCUUGGUUUGGCAGCCUGUUCAGCCGCAAAGAAGCCGACUCACUCGACUCCAGCUCCUCCAACAAAGGAAGUGGCAGCGGUGGCGGUAGCAGCGAAGGAGGAGGGCAGAAAGUCAUCCGUGCCAAACUCGGCGAAGAGAGUUCAUUUUACUAUGAUAAAGAGCUAAAGAAAUGGGUCAACAAGAAGGAUCCUGCCAGCAUGCAGCAGAGCGCUAAAGCUACGCCGCCUCCGCCCAAGGGGCCAAUUGGAAGGGUUGUUAGUGAGACUUUGGGUGGCACUGCUGCAGGGCCACCGAGGAGUGGGUCAGCGGGUUCGCCCCCAAGUAUAGCUUCGAGCCGACUGACGAGCUCGAAUAGCCCGCCAAAUGGGGUCGGGGCACCACCAACGGCUGCACCAAUAACUGGUAGUGGGAGGGAGUCUGCCCCUCCAAGUAUUACAGCUCCAGCUACGUCCUCGGGGGUAGGUGGGCUUGGAGGUGGGCCGCCGCCUCCGGCUGCGCCACCGAUGAAUCGUCCCGCAAGUACGGCGCUGAGCACAGCGUCUGAUAUUGAUGAUUUGCUCGGCGGGCCGCCGAACGCAGGCGCGAGGAAGCCUGGUGGGACGUUGAAGGGGAAGAAGGGCAGGACAGGUGCAGGGAGGUAUGUUGACGUUAUGGCGAAGUGA